GGACGUCAAAUCCCCGUACACACGCACAGUUUGCACCAUCCAACGAUGAUGACCAUCUAAUAUUCAUAUCACGACAGCAGUCUAAGCAUAUGGUGGCGCCGCUGCGAUCUGUUAACAUCCGCUGAAUCUUUACUAGACUGCCUACGCAGACCACUUCAGGGACUGAAAACACCCGUGCGCGAUGGCUGGAAACCUCCAACUCUUCGUCGUGUCCAUCCUUACUGCAUUAUUUGCGGCCUACAGCCUAUAUCGCCGUAAUAAAAUACUUGUCCGGUUCCCUCCUGGUCCGCGUCGACUUCCAUUGUUUGGAAACCUCACAGAUCUCCCUACGAGCCAGCAAUGGGUAACUUAUGCAAAGUGGAGAGGUCAAUACGGUGACCUCAUUGGCCUUGUCGUGCUAGGGCAGCCCAUCGUUGUCAUCAACUCCAUUCGGACUGCAUUCGAUCUCCUCAACAAGCGAGGUUCUAUAUACCUUAACCGCCCCGGAUUCUCGUUGGUACGAGAAUGGGGUGGGUGGAAUUGGAUGAUCACAACGAUGCAAUAUGGCGAGGAAUGGAAAUUGCAGCGCAAGAUGUACGCGCAGCAACUGAAUCCGAAGUGCAUUCAAGAAUUCCAUCAUGUCAUCUAUGUGCAAGCAGCGAAACUGGCUUCAAGGCUAUUAUGUUCGCCAGAGAAAUUUCAGGACCACACAAGACUGUUCGCUGGUGCAAAUAUCCUAAUGAUCACUUAUGGUCACGAAGUUGUAGACGAGAAUGACGAAUGGGUCAAGUUGGCACGAGAAGCUAAUGCAUCUCUAGAAGUUUUAACGAAUGUCGGGGCGCAUCCUGUUGACAUAUUUCCAUGGUUGCGGCACUUUCCGAUGAACAUCUUCGGAGGCAAAUUUGCGCGACAAAUGCGGCAUAUGCGAAACUUGGCGGAGCAAUUGGUUGAACGACCAUACGCUGCUGUGAAAGACGAAGUUCUUUGUGGCAGAGUGCUACAUUCAUCGAUGGCGCACCGUCUCAUCGACUCAUACACCUCUGCGGGCAUCACGGCGCAUGAGGAAACCAUUCGAGGCGCAUUAGCAGGUGUUUACGUUGCGGGGGCUGAUACGAUCAUCAGCACUAUCGAUACUGCAAUCCUUGCCCUUAUGCUAAACCCCGAUAUUCAGAAGGAAGCACAACAUCUUCUUGAUGUCGUCCUUUGUGGUCAGCGGCUACCAAGUCUGGAAGAUCGACCUAAAUUUCCAUACGUCGAUGCUAUUUUGCGAGAGACACUAAGGUGGAAUCCAGUUGCACCGCUAGCUGUUCCCCACCGCCUGGUUCAAGAAGACUCAUAUGAAAAUAUGGUGUUCCCUGCUGGAACUAUAUUUAUUGCAAAUAGUUGGCAGAUGUUACACGAUGAGGCAACAUAUCCUAAUCCCACUGAGUUCUCUCCAAACCGGUUUUUGCGCGAUGAUGGGAUGUUGUGUGAUGAUAUCCUUGAUCCACGUGAAAUUGCCUUCGGGUUUGGUCGUAGGAUUUGUCCAGGAAGGCAUUUGGCAGAGUCGUCGCUCUGGAUAACGAUUUCAAUGAUCCUGUACCUCUUUGACCUCACCAUACCACUUGAUGAGAGGGGUGAACCGAUCCGCCCGGACUUGACAUACACAUCAACGUUCAUUAGCCACCCAACCCCCUUUCAAUGUGUUUUCACACCCCGUUCCCAUACUGCAAGGUUGCUGUUAGAUCCGAAAAAAUGAAUUUACGUGUAUUAUCCUGGAUACCUGGCUGCGUACAUAGAAGUGGACGUACUGUACGAUUACGACCUUAGGUUCCUGCCAAUCAGUACAAUAUCGGGCUCACUUUGCAGUGUGGUUGAUAGGAAAAAAUCCUCCAGAAAGUGUGCGUCAGCG